AUGGAGAAGAAGUCUUUUUUUACUAUAGACGAUUUCGAGCUAGGAAAGCCGUUAGGUCGUGGCAAAUUUGGUGAGGUGUGGAUGGCCAAGGAAAAAAAUAAAGAUUUUAUUGUAGCUUUGAAAAUAAUUAAAAGAGCUUCAAUUCUAACAAAAGAAACUGCAAAACAAAUUAGAAGAGAAAUUGAUAUUCAUAGAAGAUUAAAACAUGAUAACAUUCUUAGAAUGUAUGGCUAUUUUUACGACUCUGAAAGAUUGUAUUUAAUUUUAGAAUUUGCGGGAAAAGGAGAAUUUUUUAAAAUUUUAAAUGAAAACAAUGGCAAGUUUUCUGAAAAAACAACUUCUGUUUACAUUAAACAACUUAUAGAUGCCUUGAUUUACAUGCACAAAAAUGAUGUUAUUCAUCGCGAUAUAAAACCAGAAAAUCUCCUUCUUGGAUCUGACGACCGCUUAAAAUUGGCAGAUUUUGGCUGGGCAGUCAAAAACAAAGACAAAAAACGUAUGACUUUUUGCGGUACACUUGAAUAUUUAUCACCAGAAAUGCUAAAUAACGAAAUACAUGACUAUAACAUAGAUAUUUGGUGUUUAGGUGUAUUAACUUAUGAAUUUCUUGUUGGUAAACCUCCGUUUGAAAUUAAGCCUAGAUCACUUAGAGAAGCAAAAAGAAAAAUUGUAUCUGGGGAUAUAGUAAGACCCGAGACAAUGAGUACAAUAGCUUUUGAUUUUAUUGAACAAUUGUUAGUUAAUAAUAAAAAUCAAAGAAUGUCAUUACAUGGGGCACUUAACCAUGUAUUUAUUACUAAAUAUAAUAAAAAAUAA